AUAUGGCAACUGGAACAGCUCCCCCAAGAGGAAGUGCAGCUGCCACUGCCAGCCUUCGCCGAAGGAGGACUACCAGUGGUGGAAAUGCCACAGGAGGGGCUUCGGGAACUAUGCUGCAAUUUUACACUGAUGAUGCUCCGGGUUUGAAAAUCUCCCCAAAUGUUGUACUUAUGAUGAGCAUUGGUUUCAUUGCCUUCGUUGCUAUGCUUCAUGUUGUGGGCAAGCUCUGGUUGGUGAGGAAAGAGUGAAGCAAGCCUUACUAGAAAAUUGUUGGUUGGCUCGUACUUAGGCACCUUUGCAGUUUUUUGUUUUGUAAUCAGCUUCGACAACCAUAUUAGUAUUCUGCUGCUAAAAUUUACGAGCAAUGAUGUUCUACUAUUACGAAACAGAGAUUAGUGUUUAAUAUAUCGGCUUUUGAAACUUGUUGAUCUUUUUGCCUUAUCUGUUUAAAUCCCAACCUUUCAAAUUUA